AUGGGGCGCAAGGGUAGGGGCACAAUCAGCGUGAAAGGGCUGCAGGACCAGGCGGCGGCCAGCCUGGCUCAGGCACUGGAGAGGGUGCGCAACACCCCCAUCUGCGAGGACCCUCGAGGCGAGGUCAGCGAGGCAGAGGUCGCCGAUGCUCGGCACGCGGUGGCCACUCUGAGGCACAGCCUGGUGAGCCUGGCGGCGCUCUGGGACGGGCGGUCGCCCGCGCCGACGCCCCCGGUCCUGGAGUCCCAUCUCCGCGAGGUCGCGGCCGCCGGGCGGGCGCUGAGCACGGCGGCGUCGCGCUGCGCGCGCUCCGCCGGCCCCACCCUGCACUUCUGGAUGCGGAACCUGUUGGCCUCCAUCUCCGAGGCCGCCAAGCAGGCGCUGGCCAGCAUGGGCACGCUGGAAUCCCGCCCCGACACCCUCCGCCGUGCCGUCAAUCUUGCCAUGGAGGCAUGCGAUGCCGCGGAGCGCGCGUCCUGGACCAACAGGGAGGUGCUGGCGCGCAGGCUGAACGGGAUAGUUCAGCUGGCGGAGGAGGCCCGGCGUGAGGUGGAGGAGUUGGACCUUGAGCCGUCGCCUGAGGAUGACUACGGGUGCUGGGACGAGGUGGAAGGUUUGGCAUCUGCUCAGGAGGAGGACCAGGAGGGCAGCGACGACGACCCAGGGGAGGUGGUGGUGAGCAGGAGAGACUCCAUCACAGCCAAGGCCAUCCUGGAGGUCCUGAGCAGGGCUGCUGAGAUGCUGUCCCUGCUGAGGCCGCUGCUCGAGGACCAGCCCCAGGGGCUCUUCGACUGGAUGAAGUGGGAGGUACUGAUCCCAAAGGCCGACCACUUGGUGAAGUCCCUGGGUAGGCAGGCGCUGCUCGUCUACCCCCCCAUCGAUGCCGGGGAGGUGGGGCAGGCUAGCGGAGAUGUCAAGGCCCGACUUGUGGCACUGGAGCAGGCCUGGGACCCAAUGGGUUUGGAUGCCCUCCCAUCCGAACGCUUCUUUGCAGCACAUAGCGCCGUGGAGGGAGCCCUGACCGAACUGGAGAAGGCAUGGCAGAUGAAGUAUGUGUGCGACAAAGUAGCUGCCAACAUGAGGAAAAGAUCAGAUGCCAUUGCGGGCUGGAGGCUCCUUCCGUUUUGCUGA